AUGGAUCUUUUGGCUUCUGAAUACGGAUCUAGCGAUGAUGAAAAGAUCAAGGAAAUUACCUUGAAGCGAACUGACAUCGACGAUGACUCGACGAAAGCAACAAAACGACCAAAAGUUGAUCUAGCUCCUCAUGAUCCUAAGCUUUCAACUUCCAUUUACACAAAACCAACUGACACGCAAAUUUCAGUAAACAUUCCCUACGAUGAUUUAAUUCGACCAGUUGUCGGACCCGGUAAUCCAUUUAAUACGAGAGUAAUGAACCAGAAUGUUCUUACUGGCCAUGUAGAAGAACAAGCAUUUUCUGAAUAUGACUUUAGAACGCAGCAACGUACUUUUACUUCGUUUGGAUACGCUGCAGACCCUUCUCUUAUCACUCCUUUCAGUGGAGUAGGCGGAACAGGGUUUGUCGGAGAUGUUGAGAAAGCUAUAGCUAUGAAUGGCGCUACAAUUUACGACACUACACCUAAACCAAAAGAUCUUCCAAAAAGGAAACCAAAAGGUGAUUCGGCAAUAUUGGAGGGUGAUAAUUCAUAUCAAGGUCCCUGGGCAGGAUACGAAGGCGAGAAUAUUGGAACCGCCGUCGGUCCUCCUGAGGGUGCAAUACGCAAAAAAACUGAUGCAGAAACAACGAAUAAAAAGCAAAUUGAUGUUGGACAAGAGAAAACCAUAUUUCAUGGAAAAUCGGAAUAUGACUAUCAAGGCAGAACGUAUAUGCACGUGCCUAUGGAUUUAGACAUAAAUCUAUUGGGAGAACCAGGCACACAGGAAUGUUUUAUUCCUAAACGUUGUAUCCACAUAUGGUCCGGUCAUACUAAAGGUGUGUCUGCUAUAAGAUUUUUCCCGAAAUCGGCGCACUUGUUAUUGUCUGCUAGUAUGGACUCCAAAGUAAAGAUUUGGGACGUUUAUAAUGACCGUAGAUGCCUAAGAACCUAUAUUGGACACAAUAAAGCUGUCAGAGAUAUAACGUUCAGCAAUGAUGGGAAACGAUUUUUGACUGCCAGCUACGAUAAAUAUAUCAAGUUAUGGGAUACUGAGACUGGUCAAUGUAUUAAGUCAUUUACCACCGGAAAAAUCGCUUAUGUCGUCAAAUUUAACCCCGAUGAAGAAAAGCAGCAUAUAUUUUUGGCUGGCUGCUCAGAUAAAAAAAUAGUACAGUUUGAUGUUAACACCGGUGAAAUAACACAAGAAUAUGAUCAACACUUGGGUGCCGUAAAUACUAUUACGUUUGUAGAUGAUAAUCGAAGAUUUGUUACAACCUCCGAUGAUAAAACACUAAGGGCAUGGGAAUUUGAUAUACCCGUGGUGAUCAAAUACAUUGCCGAACCGCACAUGCAUA